AUGUCUGACCAAAAAAUAUUCGCGAGAUAUAAAGCCAAUGAGCUCAGAUCAGAGUUGCAGAUUCUCGAUAUGAGAAAGGCUAAGCAAAACAUAGUUAAGAGAAAAGGUGCUUUGAAGAAAGUUAUCGCAAACUUGACGUUGGGUAAUUAUGCAGAAAUGAUAAUGCUGUUCUCAGAAAUUCUGAAAUAUUGGCGUAUUGAGGAUGACAUAGAAGUCAAGAGAAUAUGUCAUGAAUAUGUUAGAGCUGUUGGUACAGUGAAACCCAGAAGUACUAUAGAUGCAUUACCUUGUAUUUUAGAGGAUCUGAGGACAGGCAAUGAUGAAGUACAGAUUUUAGCGUUGACCACUUUAGUUACAGUACCAUUUAGCAAGUUUACAGAGGCUGCCUUUAAUUUUAUUAUGACUUUGGUAAACAGACGUUCUACUUCUAUGGAGCUUCAAAGAAAUGCUAUUACUGCAUUAGUUCAAUUGGAUGAUUGGAGCCAUGAGAAAGUGAUGAGUUUAAUGCUUCCUUUACGUGAUAUCUUUGAGCAGAAACUAGAUGAACCUGCGAUACAAAUUGCUGCCUUAUCGACUUUAUAUGCUAUCCAUGAAAAGAAUCUCAAUUUGAAGCCUUUCAAUAUUUCUGUAAAUACUGCAUUCGACUUAUUGGAUACGAUACCCAGAUUGAGUGAAUGGGAUAUCUCCUCCUUAUUGGAAGUUCUGCCAGUUUCAGUAGUGCCUCAGAGGCAUGGUGAAGCCUAUGAAAUGAUAGAUAUUGCAUUAGAACAAUUACAAAACGUUAACACUUCGGUGGCGCUAAAUGCUUUGCGAUUUAUUGUCUAUCUUUUCAAUUAUAUUGAAACUGUAGAUGAAAAUAUAACGACUAAACUGUCAAAUUGUAUUGUUGCACUGCUGGACAAAUCACCAGAAAUAGAAUUUUUAAUUUUAAGAAAUGUUAUACUGCUCUUAUUGAGUAGAGAUCAGUCUCUACUAAACCUAGAUGUGUCUUAUUUUUUUAUUGAAUAUCGUGAUCCAAUCUAUAUCAAAGAUACAAAAUUAGAGUGUUUAUAUCUUUUAGCUAAUAAGGGAAACCUGAUACAGAUUUUAGAUGAGCUAGAACAGUACUCCACUGAUAUCGAUAUUCAAAUGUCACGUAAAGCAAUAAGAGCUAUAGGGAAUUUAGCUGUUAAAUUAGGUACCGAAUCCGCUAAAAUGUGUAUGGACAUCUUAAUUCACUUGUUGCAAUUCGGUGUUGAUUACGUAAUUGAAGAAAUCAUUUCAGUGUCGAGAAAUAUUUUAAGAAAGUAUCCUGACGAUUUCCGCUCAACUGUAAACGAGCUAGUGAACUAUAUUGAUAAUAUUCAAGAAGCAGAAUCUAAGAAUGCCAUGAUUUGGAUAAUAUCUCAGUUUUCAGACCACCUACCGAAUUAUCUUGAGUUAUUUGAUACAUUCUGUUAUAAUAUCACUGAUGAAACAUUAGAGGUACAGUAUACUUUGUUAAAUUCUUCUGUGAAAUUUUUUAUAAGAAAUCCAACACCCUUGGCUGAAAAAAUAUGCAUGAAAGUUUUGAAAGCAUUCACUGAAGAUGUGAAUAACCCAGAUUUGAGAAGUCGAGCAUUCUUAUAUUGGCGACUGUUAUCUGCUACGAGUGAUCCAUCAAAUAAUAUUACUAUUGAAACUCUGAGCGAAAUAAUCGACGGAGAAUUGCCUUUGAUUGAGCUGAAUACAAAAUUGGACCCACUAAUAUUAGAAGAGCUCGAAUUAAAUAUAGGUACGAUUACUUCUCUCUAUUUGAAGCCAAAUUCUCAAAUCUUUAGAGCAAACAGAAUAAAAUGUCUUGAACAAAGUCCAAUAUUGAACAAGACCAAGCAAGAUUUGAAAGUUAUCAAAGGCACGAAGCCUAGUGGCCACUCUGGAAGAGCAUCAAGACAACAUAACAAAUCGGGAGGGUCGACUCCACAACAAACUAUGCCGACCAUAAAUGACUAUGAUAAACCUGCGGAGAAGGUAAACCAUUUGAAGGGAACGAGAAAAUCGAGUAUCUCAAGUCCUUCAAAACUAUCAAGAAAGCCUUCGAUGUUAAUGAGGAAAUUGUCACUUAAGAAAAAAUUUUGA